AUGGAUGAACUCGACAAGCUGCAGUACCUCUCGCUUGUGUCCAAAAUCUGCACUGAGCUGGAGAAUCACUUCGGCUUCAACGACAAAGAUAUGGCCGAGUUUCUCAUCAACCUUGCCGAAGAUGCCCAGUACGAUGAUUUCAGAAAAAAGGUCGAAGAGUUUGGCGGUGAAUUUACCGAAAAUUUCAUCGCCAACAUCUUUCGCAUCAUCACUCACAUGCGCCCAAAGAAGAAGGCUGAAGAGCAGGAGAAAGAAGGCCAACCAAAGGACGACAGAUCACUGAAGCGGGCACUCUUUCCCUGUCUUGCAAUGCCCAAUGAUCCUUCAGAUAAGGAUUCCGCCAGUGAUAAUGAAUCGAAGGAAGACGACGACACGAUGGCCCUUCUUGAGGCGCUGGAGCAGACAAACAAAACAUCCAACAAAAAGCGGGAGCGAUCGCGUUCCAAAAGCGCCGACAGAGAUCACCACCGAUCAAAGCGAACUGGUGAUGACCACCGUCGUCGCAGCAGAAGCCGUGAUCGUCAUCGGCGGUCCUCGAGAAGCCGCAGCAAAGAGCGGCGAAGAAGUCGAAGCCGGGAAAGGCGGAGGAGCCCGAGCGACCGCGACCACCACCAUCGAGAUCGCAUCAGAAGGAGAAGUCAAAGUCGAGAGCGAACCAGCCGAAGCAGCCGACGCAGUCCAGAUCGUCGUGAUUACGAAAACCGUGAUAACCGUAAUGGUCGCGAAUAUGACAGUCGAGAUGGUCGUGACGACCAUCGUGAUCAUCACAGCCGCGGUGGUCGCCGCUCUCGCAGUCCGGAGGAGCAGCGAAAGCCUGGCGGACGCUUCCAUGAGCUGCCGGAGAAUCCCUCGGUGGGCGACAUCUUCGACGGCAAGGUGAGCAACAUCAUGCAGUUUGGCUGCUUCGUCCAGCUGGAGGGGCUGAAGGGCCGUCGCGAGGGCCUGGUGCACAUCUCCCAGCUCCGCCGGGAAGGCCGCGUCAAUGACGUCAACGAGGUGGUGAAGCGCAAUCAGCGCGUCAAGGUGAAGGUGCUCUCCUUCAGCGCCGACGGGAAGCGCAUCAGCCUGACGAUGAAGGACGUCGACCAGGAGACGGGCGAAGACCUCAACCCGGACAUGGGCGGCGGCGGACAUGGCGCCAACAGGGGAGGCGGCGACGACGACGGCGCCAGCUUCCGCAACCCUGACCGCCCCGCGUCGAUGCCCUUGGCCGGCAUCAAGGCCAUGGGUGGCACUGACGGGGAAGGUGGCGGCGGGGAAGACGGCGAGUCGCGUCGCCGCAUCGUCCAGCGCAUAUCCUCGCCGGAGAAGUGGGAGCUGAAGCAGAUGGCCGCCGCCAAUGUGCUCGACCGGACGAUGCUGCCCGACUUUGACGAGGAGCAGGGCGUCCUGCCGCGCAUCGACGAGGACGAAAAUGAGGACAUUGAAAUUGAGCUGGUGGAGGAGGAGCCGGCCUUUCUUCGCGGCCAUGGCCGAGCGCACGUCAACGACCUCAGUCCGGUGCGCAUCGUGAAGAACCCGGACGGGUCGCUGGCGCAGGCGGCGAUGAUGCAGUCGGCGCUGUCGAAGGAGCGGCGCGAGGUGAAGCAGCUGGCGCAGCAGGCGGAGGCCAACUCGAGCCGCCCCGAAAAUAGCAAGGACUGGUUCGACCCGAUGCCGAAGCAGCAGUCCACCAGCGAGACGGCCACCACCUCCAGCUCUGGGUACGGCGGCAUGCCCGCGGAGAUGCCCGAGUGGAAGCGGCACAUCACCGGCGGCGCCAAGGCCAGCUACGGCAAGCGCACCGAGCUGAGUCUGCUGGAGCAGCGCCAGUCGCUGCCCAUCUACCAGUUCAAGGAGGAGCUGGUGAAGGCGGUGGCCGACAACCAGAUCCUCAUCGUCAUCGGCGAGACGGGCAGCGGCAAGACGACGCAGAUCACGCAGUACCUGGCGGAGGCGGGCUACGUCGCCCGCGGCAAGAUUGGCUGCACCCAGCCGCGCCGAGUGGCGGCCAUGUCGGUGGCGAAGCGAGUCGCCGAGGAGUUUGGCUGCCGCCUGGGCACCGAGGUCGGCUACACCAUCCGCUUCGAGGACUGCACCAGCCCGGAGACGGUCAUAAAGUACAUGACGGACGGCAUGCUGCUCCGCGAGUGCCUCCUCGACUCGGACCUGCGCGGCUACUCGCUGCUGAUGUUGGACGAGGCCCAUGAGCGCACCAUCCACACCGACGUCCUCUUUGGCCUGCUGAAGGCGGCCGUCCGCCGUCGACCGGACCUCAAGCUGAUCGUCACCUCGGCGACGCUGGACUCGGUCAAGUUCUCGCAGUACUUCUUCGAGGCGCCCAUCUUCACCAUCCCCGGGCGGACCUUCCCCGUGGAGGUGCUCUACACGAAGGAGCCGGAGACGGACUACCUGGACGCGAGCAUGCUGACGGUGAUGCAGAUCCACCUGACGGAGCCGCCCGGCGACAUUCUCCUCUUUCUCACCGGCCAGGAGGAGAUUGACACCGCCUGCGAGGUGCUCUACGAGCGCAUGAAGACGCUCGGGCCGGACGUGCCCGAGCUGCUCAUUCUGCCCGUCUACUCGGCGCUGCCCUCGGAGAUGCAGACGCGCAUCUUUGAGCCGACGCCGCCGGGCUCGCGCAAGGUGGUCAUCGCGACGAACAUCGCCGAGACCUCUCUGACCAUCGACGGCAUCUACUACGUCGUCGACCCGGGCUUCGUCAAGCAGAACGUCUACAACCCGAAGACGGGCAUGGACUCGCUGGUGGUGACGCCGAUCUCGCAGGCGCAGGCGAAGCAGCGCGCGGGCAGAGCGGGCCGGACCGGGCCCGGCAAGUGCUACCGCCUGUACACGGAGCGCGCCUACCGCGACGAGAUGCUCACCACGCCGGUGCCGGAGAUUCAGCGGACGAACCUCUCGGAGACGGUGCUCCAGCUGAAGGCGAUGGGCAUCAACGACCUGCUCAGCUUCGACUUCAUGGACGCGCCGCCGGCGGAGGCGAUGGUGAUGGCGCUGGAGCAGCUGCAUUCGCUGGGCGCCCUCGACGACGAGGGCCUGCUGACGCGGCUGGGCCGGCGCAUGGCGGAGUUUCCCCUGGAGCCGCGCCUCUGCAAGAUGCUCCUCCAGUCGGUGGCGGUGGGCUGCAGCGAGGAGGCGCUGACGGUGGUGUCGAUGCUCAGCGUGCAGAACGUCUUCUACCGGCCGAAGGAGAAGCAGGCGGCGGCCGACGCGAAGAAGGCCAAGUUCAACCAGGCCGAGGGCGACCACCUGACGCUGCUGGCGGUGUACAACGCCUGGCGGGCGAACAAGCUGAGCACCGCCUGGUGCUACGAGAACUUUGUGCAGGUGCGCACGCUGAAGCGGGCGCAGGACGUGCGCAAGCAGCUGCUGGGCAUCAUGGACCGCCACCGCCUGGACGUGAUCAGCUGCGGCCAGGCGACGGCGAAGCUGCAGAAGGCCAUCGCCAGCGGCUUCUUCCGCAACGCCGCGAAGAAGGACCCCCAGGAGGGCUACCGGACGCUGGUGGACGGGCAGGUGGUGUACAUUCACCCCUCCUCGGCGCUCUUUCACCGCCAGCCGGAGUGGGUCGUCUACCACGAGAUUGUCCUCACGACGAAGGAGUACAUGCGCGAGGUGACCACCAUUGACUGUCGCUGGCUGGUCGACUUUGCCCCUAGCUUCUUCCGCUUCAGCGACCAGUCGAAGCUGUCGAAGCACAAGAAGCAGCUGCGCCUGGAGCCGCUGUACAACAAGUACGAGGAGCCGAAUGCCUGGCGAAUCAGUCGGGUGCGCAAGCGGCGAAACUAG